AUAUUCCACCUACCGUUCAUAUAUGUGUGUUUGUCAGCUGAGCUAAAGAGAAAGUGGGUCGAGUUAGCGGCGAAGUAUUUUUAGAAUGAUAUCUAUUUUAUUUGAAAACACAUACAAAGUGAAAGAUUGCAGCGUUGUUUUGGGCUGCUUCCCAUCUUGUAGACGAACAGAACCUAUAUGAAACUGGCAUUGGAGAGAUAUCGAGAAACGUUGAACCCGAGAGAGUGAUACAGCGCGAUGCUUAUGCCGUAAGGACCGUGUAUGGAAUGCCAUUGAUGUUUAAUCUUUAGAACGCGCAGACACACUCUGGCACUAUGGCGACACAAGAAGACAAUCUGGAAACUCCUGACCUUGAAAGCCCUAAGGAAGAAAAGUUCUUAACAGUGGAUGAAGAAUUGUUGCACUAUGCUCGCCAUGGGAUGGAUAGCAAGCUGAGUGAUCUGAUACAACGCUGUCAGCAAGAUGGGUUACCAUUAAACUUGAACUGUAAAGGUGAAAACAAGUCCAACCGUAGCUGGAGUCCUCUACACCUCGCUGCGUACUUUGGACAUGUGACCACUGUGAUAUUGUUAUUAAAAAAUGGUGCUGAAGUAAAUAUCAUGAACAAAGAGGGUGACACACCCCUUCACAAGGCAGCUUACACUGGGAGACUGAAUAACUUUAUCCUGAUAAUUGCCUGUUGCAUGUACUUUAACUCUGACUGA